GGAGUUUAGUUGAAGAUCGAAUUUGGAUUCGGUUGGCGGGCGCGGCCAUCUUGGUGAAUAAGUGACCUGGCGAUUCGGAUUUAGUUAGUGUAAAAUCAUUUGUCAUCCACAAUGUCGGAAAGGGAAGAUAAUGUGUAUAAAGCAAAGUUAGCUGAGCAGGCUGAGCGCUAUGACGAAAUGGUGGAGGCGAUGAAGAAUGUAGCAUCACGCAACGUGUCCGACAAUGAGCUGACAGUGGAGGAGAGGAACCUGCUGUCGGUCGCCUACAAGAACGUGAUCGGCGCCCGCCGCGCCUCCUGGCGGAUCAUCUCCUCCAUCGAACAGAAGGAAGAAACAAAAGGCGCAGAGGACAAAUUGAACAUGAUCAGAGCGUACCGCAGCCAGGUUGAGAAGGAGCUCCGUGACAUCUGCUCCGACAUCCUCGGUGUCCUCGACAAAUACCUCAUCCCCAGCUCACAGACCGGAGAAUCAAAAGUUUUUUAUUACAAAAUGAAGGGCGACUACCACCGGUACCUGGCCGAGUUCGCGACCGGCAACGACCGCAAGGAGGCUGCCGAGAACUCGCUGGUCGCGUACAAGGCAGCCUCCGACAUCGCCAUGACCGAACUGCCCCCCACCCACCCCAUCCGCCUCGGACUCGCGCUCAACUUCUCGGUGUUCUACUACGAGAUCCUGAACAGCCCGGACCGCGCCUGCCGGCUCGCCAAGGCCGCCUUCGACGACGCCAUCGCCGAACUGGACACGCUCUCGGAGGAGAGCUACAAGGACUCCACGCUCAUCAUGCAGCUGCUGCGGGACAACCUCACGCUGUGGACCUCCGACAUGCAGGGCGACGGGGAGUCCGCCGACGCCGAGCAGAAGGAGCCGGCGCAGGACGGCGAGGACCAGGACGUCUCGUAAUGGCCGCGCCUCCCCCUAAUUAUAUACAAAUAACUAUAGUAUCGUAUAAGAGCCAGCCCGCAGUGCCGACCCGCGGGCCCGGGACCGCCCUCUCACUGUUCGUUUUCGAUUAUGGAAAGUAUAUCAUAUGUAAUAUAAUACUUUGGUAUUGCAUUUUAACUGUUGUUUAGAAAACGUUGUCUAAUCUCGGCUCCGGUCCCGCCGACAGGCCCUCCGCGCACUGUCCGGCGAUUCCGCUUCUUUCGUAUUACAACAUUUGGAGUAUUCACAUUUGAAUUGCUUUAAUUACUUACGAGUAUUGUGAUAGAGAUUUUUGUAUAUUUUAAUUUAUUUUUUUUAAUUUCGCAAAGUAUCUCUAAAAUGAAGUGUAGCGCUCCACCCCCAGGACGAUCGGUAGUCGUAACGUUGUGCUAGGUUAAGGUUAUGCACUUGAGGAAGUAUUUAUUGAGCGCGCAGAGGAUGUGCGCUCGAACACAUUCCACCGGCGGCGCUCAGGUUAGCGUACGUAAUAUUGCAUAUAUUUGUUAAUUUAUCCACGGAAAUACUGAUGCAAUUAGCCUUAGUGUUAUGCAAUAUUCAUUUAUGUCCUACCAACUACAUGGAAAUUUAUUGUAAAUGACAGUGUAAAUCUAAUAAUAAAAUACAAAAGCCCA